UACAGUGUAAGUCGAGCACGUUCCAAUAGCAGUAAUGCUGAUGUUGAUAACGCUUAUAGUAAGUCGCUAAUUUUGUACGUUUUCAGUGUUUGACAUGAUGUAAUUACAAGAGUAAUACUCAUAAAAUUGGUCUGUAAAUUUAAGUGUUGAUUAAAAUUGCUAAUUCUGGAGGGUUAUUAAAAUUAGAAAAUAUAACAAUGUUGGAUGUUUAUAAUAGAAGAAUUUCUAAACAUUCACGUAUAACAGUUCGAAACUGCAGGUCCGCAGAUGAAUAAAAAAAAGAAAAACAAGGGAUUUGAAGAAAAAGUAGAAGAUUCUACGAUAUUGAUGAGUGAUGGUGAUGGUCAUCAAAGGAGAAGAGGAUGACGAGAUUCGUGAUUAAAUAAAAAAAAGCUGAUUUGCCCAUUACCUGUUACUUUGAGACUAAAUAAGACUGUAGUUACGUAAUUACCCACUGAAGAACCUACUAAAAGUUGCCUCGUCGCUAGUAGUUAUAUGACUAAGGCAAUGGUUAAGAUAGCUGUAAAAUAUGAGGCUUUCUAUCAAAAUGUACCUCAUAAUAUUUAUAUGCGCAUCAGUGAUACUAUAUCAGUACCACUUGUCAAAUGCUUGGUUAAUUUCACAGACUAGUACCCAAGACUUUAGAGUAUUAAACGCCAAAGCUAGUGAAAAGUUAAAAAAUGUAACUGCUUUUUUCAAUGCUUCUUCCAGUAGUAAUACAAAUAGUACACAAACGAACAGAACUACCUUCGUGAGUGAUUGUUUUCCACCACAAGAAAAAGAAACCAAUUUACCACCUCUUUAUAUCAUAACUCCUACAUAUCGACGCCCGGAACAACUGGCUGAAUUAACUAGAUUAUCGCAUACAUUAAUGCUUGUUAAAAAUGUUUAUUGGAUUGUUGUUGAAGAUGCAGUUAGAAAAUCAGCGUUAGUUACAGAUCUGUUAAAGAAAACUGGAUUAAAAUACGAACAUUUAACAGCACCCAUGCCUGAUCAGUAUAAAAAGAAGAAAAAAGGCCCCAAACCUCGAGGAGUGUCCAAUCGAAACAAAGGAAUCCAGUGGAUCCGUAAAAACGCAAAAUCUGGUGUUUUAUAUUUUGCGGAUGACGAUAACACCUACGAUCUUCAAUUAUUUGAUGAGAUUCGCUACACCAAAAGAGUUUCAAUGUUUCCUGUAGGUUUAAUAACGAAACUCGGAGUCAGUUCUCCAAUCGUAAAAAAUGGGAUUUUUUCCGGUUUUUAUGAUGGUUGGAUGGCGGGCAGGAAGUUUCCUGUAGAUAUGGCAGGUUUCGCCAUCUCGGUAAAAUUUUUAUUAAAACGCCCGAAAGCUUUAAUGCCCUUUAAACCAGGUUUCGAAGAAGAUGGUUUCUUGAAGAGUUUGGAACCAUUUGAACCUCAAGACAUCGAAUUAUUAGCUUCAAAUUGCACAAAGAUAUUGGUAUGGCACACGCAAACGAAGAAAAAUGAACCGUCACAAGCGCUAGAUUUCGCCAAAUAUAAUAACACUAACUUAGUAAUGCUCAAACAAAUUCUAGUGUAAACUAUUCAGUAACACAUGUAUUCACCAGUCCACUAAGCGAUAGAGAUUCCUAUUCCCUGACAGUUGUUUUGAUUUAUACUGGUUCUUGCUCCACGUUUAUUUCGUAUGAUAUUUUUGUAUUUUUUCCAAAUGAUAUUGUGAAGAUUAUUAAGAAAGAGGCUGUGGAAGACUUUUUUUAACAUCAUUCGCUAUGUACAUUUAAGAUAUACAAUCAAGUAGAACUUUUACGAAUUAAAAGAUUUAAAUUCA